AUGCCGGCUGCCGCUAUUGCGGUCCUGGAUGCACACGAGCAGCCGUCGGGCUACCUGCGGAGCCGCUGGAAGGCCUAUGCGCGGGCCACUCCCGACGAGAUCGAGCAGGCCGAUGACAUUGACGAGGUCGACAAUGGAGCCCUGCUGCCCGCUGGCACGCUUCCUCACGGCCGUGUCUCCGUGGCCUUUGACGACUUUCUGUCCGACGGCACGGCCGCGGCUGUCGAGCCUGGUAUAGCAUCAACAACCGACAUUCCCGUCUACGCCCAUCCCCUUUUGCCAGGCCUCCUUGUCAUUCCAGCGCUCAUUCCGCCGGCUGUCCAGACCAGCCUCCUCGAUCGCAUGGUCCACCGCGACCUGAGCCGGCCGUGCCACCAGACCAACCUGCAUCCCCACUACGUCUUGCCCUAUCCUCCCGGUCGGGCCUCUUUCUUCUCCUACCCGUCCGACAACAAGAAUGACAGCGCGACGCGCGCCAAGGCGGCCACAUUUCGGCCCAAGGACCCCGCCGUCCACCGGCCACUCUCCAUCAGCCAGGUGCUCGAGCGCCGUCUGCACUGGGUCACUCUCGGCGGACAGUACGACUGGACGCAUCGCGUUUACCCUGAAGGCAGCAUUGGAACUGGAAGCAGCGAUGACGAUGACGAUGACGACGAUGAAGAUAUUCUCGACGACAGCGACGAGAAGCUUAGUCCACGUUUCCCGCCUCGCCUAGCUCGCCUCCUAAAGGGCCUCUUCCCCGAGACAAAGGCACAGGCUGCCAUUGUCAACUUCUACACGCCCGGAGACACAAUGAUGAUGCAUCGCGACGUGUCCGAAGAGACCGACAAGGGCCUCAUCAGUCUCAGCAUGGGCUGCGACGCCCUCUUCAUGGCCGCGCCAACAAGAGAGUUUGGCGAGACGGACGGCACACAGCCUGCCACGGAAGAUGGCGACAACGGGCCUUGCAAGAAAAAGCCAUACGUUCUGCUGCGCCUCCGCUCGGGCGAUGCGAUAUACAUGACCGGACAUGCGCGCUUUGCCUGGCACGGUGUGCCCAAGGUCAUCAAGGGCACAUGUCCCGACUUCUUGGCCGAAUGGCCGGCUGGAGAGCAUGAUGACGGCCGAUAUGAAGCCUGGCGCGGCUGGAUGCGCAACAAACGCGUCAAUCUGAACGCAAGACAGAUGAGAGAUUAA